AUGAAACUGGAAGUGUCGACUGACUAUCUCAUCGGAAGGCCCAAAAAGAGAUUACCUGCAUACAGAUAUCGCCGCGCCUGCAGAUUAAUGGGGUUGCCAAAAUUUACACGUCCUAAGGGACAUGAUGAUGAAUUAUGUUGUAACCUUUAUGUUGCCAACUGUGGUCCAGCUGUUGGACUUACUAUAGAUUCUAUCACAUCAGCAUUCAGUAAAUUUGGAACAGUAACAGGAGUAUACCCUGCUGAUGAGAGUGGCUCUCGUGUUAUUGUCUCUUAUUAUGAUGAAAAUUCUGCCCAAUCAGCACUUAAAGCAUUGGACAGGUGUCCAUGUCCUGACCUUGGUGGUCGUUCUCUUCACAUCCGUUACUCUGUGCAAAGACCACAAUUGCAGGUUGUGGCUACUGAUUCAGUUGAGGUGUGUUUAGAAGCAUCAGAGUUGAAUAUUCCUGGCAUCUACUUGAUUCAUGACUUUGUUUCAGCUCAAGAAGAGGAGCAAUUGCUUGCUGCUGUUGAUGCGAGGCCUUGGCAUAGUCUUGCAAAGAGAAGGGUUCAACACUAUGGUUAUGAGUUUUGUUACGAUAUAAGGAAUGUUAAUACACAACAUCGAUUGGGCAACCUUCCAUCAUUUGUUGAUUGUAUACUUCAAAAAAUCCCAGUCUUUAAGAAGCUUGAUGAAGCUGCAGAUGUAUCAUUAGACCAGUUAACGGUAAAUGAAUACCCAACGGGUGUGGGUUUAUCCCCACAUAUAGAUACCCAUUCAGCAUUUGAGGGAUCAAUUUACAGCCUUUCUUUAUCAGGGCCUUGCAUUAUGGAGUUUAGAGGGUCUGAUGAUGAUAAUGAUAGAGAUAAGGAAAGGUCAAAUUCUAGAAGAAGGGCAAUUUAUCUGGCUCCUCGAUCAAUGUUGUUGCUUUCUGGAGAGGGAAGAUAUGCUUGGCAACAUUAUAUUCCGCACCAUAAGGUUGACAAGGUGAAGGAUACCGUGAUUAGAAGGGGUUCAAGAAGAGUAUCCUUCACAUUUCGCAAGGUGAGAAAAGGACCAUGCCAAUGCGAUUACUCUCAGUUCUGUGAUUCUCAAAGCUAAAACCAGAGAUUAGGAAGCAAAGCCUUAUGGAUGUCAAAUGUUACUCUAUAUCAUUCAUUCUACUACGCCCUUUGAUGCUUAGCUGCUAACCAUAACAACACUUCCAGAUUACAUUACAUGAGGAUUUGAGCCAAUGUCACUCGGGUAUAAUACUUGUAUGUUUUGAUUUUAGUGGAAAUGUCAAAUGCUUACAAC